GCCAUCGUCUGGAUUGAUGGUGUGAGAAGUUGGAAGUUGGAGAACAGACUGAAAGAUCAAGAUGAUAUAGGAAUACUUCUGGAGUCAUUUUGAAGACUGUAUUUACGUUGGGUCUGAAGGACAGAACAUCAAAAAGGGAUUGUGUUCCUGAUUUUUGGGAUUACCUUUGAUCUGGAUGGAUUGAGUGUGAAAAGAACUCUUACCAUGGAUCGUGUGAUAUUUGCAAUUGCACUUACAUGCAUCUGUUUAAGAGGUGCACUCUGUCGGCGGCAAUCACGAUGUGAACAAGGUAGCUGUUACCCCGCCACGGGGGAUUUGUUGAUAGGUCGCGGUAAACAAUUGAACGCUUCAUCCACGUGUGGCAUACACAGACCACAGAGAUACUGUGUAGUGAGUUACCUGGAGAAGAAGACCAAGUGCUUUCAGUGUGACUCGAGACAGCCAUGGCAGGCGCAGGUCUUCGAACAGAGUCAUCGGAUAGAAAACAUUGUGUCGUCUUUCAAGGGCCGCAGGCACCGAUGGUAUCAGGCCGAGAACGGCAAGGAGAAAGUCUGUAUUCAGUUGGACUUGGAGGCGGAGUUCCAUUUCACUCAUUUAAUUAUGACCUUCAAGACAUUCAGGCCAAAGGCCAUGCUUAUCGAGAGGUCGUACGACUUCGGUAAGACGUGGAAGGUGUAUAGGUACUUUGCUCAAAAUUGUCGCAAGUCGUUUCCUGGCAUAAGACGAGGACCAGUCCGGUCCUUGACCGAUGUUAUUUGUUCUCAGAGAUACUCAGCAGAGACACCGUCGACAAAUGGAGAGGUUAUUUUCCGAGUGCUGCCUCCUUUCAUCCGAAUCCGUGAUCCUUACAGCGAACAAGUUCAAGAUCUUCUCAAACUGACGAAUCUCAGAGUGAACUUCACAGAACUGCACACAUUAGGUGACACUCAGCUGGACAGCCGUCCUGAGAUAAAGGAUAAAUACUACUACGCUCUGUAUGAUAUGACUGUUAGGGGGAGCUGCUCAUGUUACGGACACGCCUCACGCUGUCUUCCCGUUUCAGGAUACGAAAACAGACCCAAUAUGGUUCACGGCAAGUGUGAAUGCUCACAUAACACCAAGGGCUUAAACUGUGAAAUGUGUGAAGAUUUCUAUAAUGAUCUGCCAUGGAGGCCAGCAAGGCAGAAUGAACCUCAUGUAUGCAAAAAAUGUAACUGCAACAACCACUCUAACAAGUGUCACUUUGACCCGUCUGUGUACGAGCUGACGGGGCGCAUCAGUGGCGGCGUCUGCGAUAACUGCCAGCACAACACGGAGGGCCGCAACUGUCAGGACUGUAAACGAUUCUUCUACCAGUCGCCAAACAGGGACAUCCGUGACCCAGAAGUCUGCCAACCGUGUGACUGCGAUCCUGCUGGUUCGCUGCGGAAUGGAGAAUGUGAGGGGCGGACAGAUCCGGUGUACGGAACAGAAGCUGGCAGAUGUCGCUGUAAACAGUUUGUGAAGGGAAGUCGCUGUGACCUGUGUAUUGACAACUACUGGAACCUGAGGGACGAAAACCCCGAAGGCUGUGAAGCAUGUAGCUGUGAUCAUCUGGGUACUAUCGGUGACCUUGGUUGUGACCAGCAGACCGGCUUGUGUCGCUGCAAGCGAUUUGUCACUGGAAAUAACUGUGAUAGGUGUUAUCCUGGAUAUUACGGUUUGAGUGCGGGUCCCUAUGGUUGUGAUGCCUGUGACUGUGAUAUAGGUGGCGCUCUGAGUGAGUCAUGUGACCAAAGGACGGGUCAGUGUACAUGCAGGCCACACAUCAGUGGACGUCACUGUAGACAAGUACAGCCGGGAUACUUCUAUGCUAAUCUCGACUAUUACCUGUACGAAGCAGAGUUUGGCCGUGGCAUUGGGAAUGCUCGUGUGUAUAUCCGAGAGCCAUUUGCCGAUGGUCCGUCAUACUGGACUGGUCCUGGAUACAUGCAGGUCAUGGAAGGGGACAGCAUCGAGUUCACAGUAGAUAACAUCAUGUUUCCCACGUUCUACGAUGUCGUCAUCCGGUAUGACCCUAGGAUGAACGAGGCAUGGGACGAUGUGAGAGUGACUGUCAUUCGACCGGACACUGUCGAUCCCAACGGUCUCUGUGCUGGAAUUGACCCACAGGAUGAUCACAAGACAACAUCUAUUCAGCCAGGUUCGCGUUACUCGCUGGUCUCCAAACCAUCUUGCCUGGAGAGCCGGAAGAGGUACACAAUAAGAAUUGAUUUCAACAGAUACAAGACCGGAACACACACACCGGACGCCACCAUGUAUGUCGAUUCGAUACUGCUUGUUCCAUCCACUGAUUACAUUCCAAUUUUCCAAGGACCUGGACUGCCGGAGUAUUACAAAAACGAUUUCUUGCGACAUCGCUGUAAAGAGAUGCAGUUCUCCUCCAUUCAGAUGGAUCUGUCCGAACUGUGCAAGAAACACAUCUUCAGCAUAUCCUCCGUUAUGCACAAUGGGGCUAUAGAUUGUAAGUGUGAUCCGAUGGGUUCUCUGAGUCGUGACUGUGACAUUGAAGGCGGCCAGUGUCAGUGUAAGCCACACGUUGUGGGACGACGAUGUGACCAGUGUGCUCCUGGCACAUAUGGCUUCGGACCUAACGGAUGUACUCCUUGCAACUGCCACAACAUUGGAGCGAGAGAUAACUUCUGUAAUGAGCAGACUGGCCAGUGCUCGUGUAUUGCCAACGCAUUUGGGCGGAUGUGUGACUCGUGUGACAGGGGAUUCUGGGGAUUCCCACAGUGCAGACCGUGCUCAUGUAACGGAAAUGCUGAUGAGUGCGACAACUUGAGUGGACAAUGUUUACGCUGCAGAAACUACUCCACGGGCAAUAGCUGUGAGAGAUGUACGGAUGGUUACUAUGGUGAUCCUCGUACUGGUGUGAGCAUUCCGUGUAAACCGUGUUUGUGUCCCGGUGGGCCCGGCUCGGAUAACCAGCAUGCAAGCACAUGCAGUCUGGACCGGCGAAACCAAGUAGUUACCUGCCACUGUUUCCCGGGAUAUCAAGGUGAGAGUUGUGAUAGGUGUGCCACAAACUACUUCGGUAACCCACUGACACCCGGCGGGACAUGUGAGCCGUGUUCCUGCAACAACAACAUCAAUCCCGAUCGUCCCGGAAACUGCGAUGCGUCCACAGGAGAGUGCAUGAACUGUCUCUUCAACACUGAAGGUUUUAGCUGUGAACACUGCAUUGCCGGUUACUAUGGUGAUGCCACAUCCCAGGACUGUAAACGAUGUGUGUGCCACAGCCUUGGUACCAAUUCCCAGGCUGGUCAGUGUGACCGCCGUACAGGCCAGUGUCCGUGUCUGCCCAACGUGAUUGGUCCCACCUGCGACAGGUGUGCUCCCAUGUAUUGGAACCUGGCCAGUGGUCGAGGCUGUGAUGCCUGCAGCUGUGAUCCCACUGGCGCUCUGUCACAGGAAUGCUCCCAGCUUGAAGGUCAGUGUUCAUGCAAAGCUGGUCGAGGUGGCCGAACGUGCAGUGAUUGUGAAGAUUUCUUCUGGGGAGACCCAAACAACCAGUGCUUCCCCUGUGACUGCGAUCCACAAGGGUCAUCGUCUAUGCAGUGUGAUCGUCGCACGGGACAGUGUCAGUGUAUGACGGGGGUCACAGGAUACAAGUGUGAUAGGUGUGCGAGGGGAACGACCGGGCAGCUUCCAUACUGUAAACCAUGUGGAGAGUGCUUCGACAACUGGGAUAGAAUAGUUCGCGAUCUCAGAGAUCAGACACACCACCUGGUGGAGACGGCCAACAACAUUUCAGUGACAGGUGCGAUAAAGGCGUUUGAUGACGAAUUCAAACAGAUGCAGAGCAACAUUGACGAGAUAAGACAUAUUCUGGACAGUGCCAACAUUACCAAGGUCGAUGUCAAAGACAUCGAACAGAUGCUCAUCGAUAUCAGGAAAAAUCUGACAGAUAACAACAAAAUGCUGAAUAACAUUGACAAGGAGCUGAGUAACACGACGGCCCGUGUACAGAUCGGAAACAACAAGAUCGCUGCUCUGAAGCGCCGCGUGAAUGAUCUCAAAGACUUGGCUCAAGAACUCAGGAAAAACGCUACUGACAUUCAAGCUAGAGAUGUUGAAGGAGCUUUCAACAUCACAAAGGAGGCACGGCGAAGGUCGCAGGAAGCACAGCGCAAGGUUGACGGAACGCAGCCACUGAUUUCAGAAUCGGAGCGAACGCGCCAGCAGGUGGAGAAUCUGAUAAACCAGAGGAAGGACGAAUUUAACCGGAAGCUGCAGCAGAACGAGGAAUCUCUGGACAACAUGGAUGGCAAGAUAAUGGAUCUCAGUGGCAGACUGUCUAGUCUAAACCACAUGGUGUGUGGACAGCCUGGAGACCCAUGUGAUGAUGUGUGUGGUGGAGGUGGCUGUAACCGCUGCGGUGGCCCCAGCUGUGGGGAUGGAGCUGUUACGAAGGCCGACAAUGCACUCCACCUGUCUAAACAGGCCUCUGAGUUGCUCACCAAGAAGGAGGAAAAAGCCACAAAUUUGCUGACUGAGAUACAGAAGGCCAAACGUGAUGCCGAGGGGGCAAAGACCGAUGCCAAGAUGGCGUACGACCAAGCUUUGGAGGCGAAGAACAAAUCAGAAAUAGCCCGAUCUGAUCUUGAAUCUCUUCUGAACCAAAUCAGCGACUUCAUCAGUGUCAAGCAUGCCUCUCCAGAUGAUAUUGAGUCUGUUGCAAAGGAGGUACUGGCUAUCAGUAUUUCUCUGACACCCGACCAGAUCCAGAACCUGGCGGACAAGAUCAACCAGACAAUCCAGGGACUGCAGGACAUUGACACCAUCCUGGACGACACCCGCGAUGACCUUGCUCUCGCCAAGAGGUUGAAGGAACAGGCAGAUCUAGCAGCAGAUGAUGCGUCAGCUGUUUUGAACACGGCGGAAGAUGUCCGCAAGGCGCUGGAGGGUGCUAAAGCUGCUCAGGAGGAGGCAGAGAAAGCCAUCAAGAAAGCUGAAGAAGACAUCGAGGAUGCUCGAGCCGAUCUUACCAUGAUUGAAUCUGAGACAACAGCUGCUGCUGACACGUCUUCGAAAAGCAUGGUAGUGAUCGGUGAGCUGAAGAAACGGCUGGAGGCUCUGAAGAAGAAGUAUAUCCAGAAUGAGAUCAAUGUCCGGAGAGCGGAACAGGCGGCACAGGAAGCGGCCGACCUCACUGACAAGGCAGAACAGGAUGCGAAUAAUCUUGACAAGCUUUACCAGAAUACAUCGGGCGAACUGAAUUCCAAGUACAACCUGACGUCCGUGUCUCAGAAACGAGCGAUUGCCCUGAAAGCAAGAGCCGACAAGCUGGCGGCAGACACCCAGGACAAAUAUGACAAGCUCAAGGGCAUUCAAGAAGAUUUUGUAAAUAAUGAAAAAACUUUGAUAGAGCUGUCUGGAAUGAUAGAUGGUCUGAACAAAAGAAUGGACGAAUAUCUGAAAGCCAUCAAAAUCCGAUCGGACAAGUACAGGAACUGCUAGACCGUGCCAAAUGCUCCACUAGGAGUGUGUAUUUGUUGUAAUUAACUUAUACAAUCCAACCGUAGUUUGUAAAUCCAGAUAUAUUAUUGUAAUUACCAUGUACCCACUGUGUCGUUCCUCACUUGCAUGUGUUCAUUAUAGUUUUACAUACUCCGCUUCAUUUUGUGAUCAUAUAUAUUGUUGCCAUUUUUGUAUACAGCUUUAUAAAGAAUCAGUUUGAAUCAUUCAUAUAGUUUUACAGCUUUAGAGAAAUCAAACGUCAUUCUUUAGUUUAGUGUUUGCUUUUGCAUGCGUUUACUAUGUAUUAUAUGACUUUUCGUAAGUGAAUCUAAUUUGUUUUACAACAUAUUUUUCAUUAAUAGCAUUAUGAGGAAGGAGAAAGAUAAUUGUACACUGGAGUUUGUUAAUUCAUGUAUGUAAAUGUCUCGGUCCAGUAUUCCAGAGAUUAACAUAAAAUAUGACUGAUUUAUAACAAUUUCAUUUCAUACAAAUUCUGUCAUAAUUAUUUUUAAAAUUUACCCAUGUAAACAGAGUUUUAACAACAGGCCGUAUUUUGCUUUAUUAUCUAUCUAGGUUACUUUGUCUGUUUUUAUGUACUGAGUAAUAAUCCGUAAUUUAUUCAAUUAACUUGAAACCUAAUACCAGAUAUAGUGCUGUUCAUAUGUAAGAGACUUGAAUUAUGUUUUAAAUAUGAUGGGUUUGAAGGUCCAAUAAAAACUGUAUGUUCAACCAUCUAUUCAUUUGUUACAGUAUGUUUAUUCAGUAAGUACUUUGAACAGCUAAUUCAGUCGUUAGGCUUCUAUCACCAAAUUUCAAAAGCACAGAGUACCUUAAAAUGAAGACUGUUUGUAGAAUGGGAAUAAAGACUGUGAGAAUAAAUAGGCGAGAUAUUUACUAUGUGGCAGGUUCCAUUAGCUUAGAAUGUAUAUUUUACAAGCAUGUUAUUUUGCCAUGAAACAAAUGCCCAGUAUUUCAGUGGGGCUCAAGAGUCCCAUAUAUACACAUGUCUAUCUAGUUCUAAGGUCAUGCCAGUGUGAAGUAUUUUAAUUUGAUUUAUUUACUUAAACUAAAUUACAACCAUAACUAAUUUAAGGUACCAGUAGUCUUGUUUCUGUGAGAAUAGUUUUACUUUUAUGAAAAAUAGAGUUUACAGUUGUGCAAAUAUCUAUAUUUACUACAAGUUACAUAUAUGUAAAUGAAAAUUAGAUAAACAAAAGUUAAACCAGUAGCAUGUUUGAAAAACCGCAAUUGUUGAUAGUAGUUUUACAUAUCAGUAACCGGUCAGUAAACACAUGAUUAGUUUAUUGUGCAUAUCACUUCACAAUUGGCUAAAAAUAAGUAGAUAAUGCAUUUAUUAGGACCAUGUCUUGUUCUUAACACAGGAGGACUUUCCCAGAUGGUAGAAGGAUUUCCCCUAGAUGGUAGAAUGUUACAGCGUCGGAAAGAUCAGGGCCCCGUUCAACAAAGCGAUCUUAUCCCUUAGGUCACCAUAACUGCACGGCUAAUAUAUGCACUUAAGGUGAUCUUAGGGCUAAGAUUGCUUUGUGGAAUGGGGCCCUGGCAGUUAAAAACAUCUUAUCAGUUGGAACAAACUCAGGACAGUCCCUUUAAAACCGUAAAUACCUGAAGCAGUGUGUAAAUUGUCUCCUAUGUAGAUACGGCAUGAAUCCAGAGUGCAGGUGUCAGGAGUAUAUAGAAAGGUCCUGCUUUAUUGUGGUUGGUGACCUCACUCUUCCCCUUAAGACGACUCCACACAAUACGAUAGCCUAGUAUGAUUACGAUAGCCUAGUACGAUUACGAUAGCCUAGUACGAUUACGAUAGCUUAGUAUGAGAAUAGCCAAUUGUGACGAGACAACAUCACAAUUUCAUCAGUUGCUAUGCAAUCCGCUAUUCUCAUACAAUGGACUCGUAUUGUGUGGCAUUGCCUUUACAGUACAUACCUCAACACUGGUGCUUUUCACAUUAUAAAAUACUCUGUAUUACCAGCUUUCUUUGUUAUAUGCCCAUACUUGUUAAUUAAGAACGUUUUGAAAAUCAUAAUUUAAUUCUUUCAUCCCUUGUAGUGCUAAAGAUAAUAACCAAGAAGCAGAUUUAAUAGUUGAUGCAAUACAUUGUUUGGUGCAGUUACCAUAUGAUACAAAUAAUUUAAAUAUGACAAAUGGUAUAUACUAGUACUUAGAUACACUAAUGUAAUUUUAUGCGAUAUCCACCAUUUUUCUUUGCAGAUUAUGUUAACCGAUAAACUAGUAGGCCAGAUUGCUGAUUAUCACGUCACUUGACUUGUCAUUAAGCUGUUAUUCUUUGUAACUUUUCUUCUACAGAUAAAAUGUGUGAUUAUAGAAGAUAACCAUUUUGAAUAUUGUAUAUGUAUUAGUGCAUAAUACUCAAAAAGUUGUUUAUUAACACUAUCAUUUUAUUUAAAAAAUCUUUGAUAUGCCAUUUGUUGUGUGAAAUAGUAUGUGCUAAUUUUGCUAAUCGGAUUAAUUUCAUACAGGUAGAUUUUUAUUCAAAUAAGCAUGAUCCAUCUUUAUCAUUUUAACACUUUGUUGCAUAUCUAGAACAUUUUGUUUUGUUUAGGUGUAAUUAAGUAGUUUUGAAGAGAAAAUGAUGUAUCGGCUCUAGAAAUGAUAAGUUUUUGUGGUGUAAAAUAAACUGAUAGUUGAUAAUUUGUACUAAACACAGAAUUGUGUCAAGUGUUAUAUAGGGCAUCGUUUCAUCCAGUUUUAGUUUCACUUAUAUAUAAAUAUAUAUAUAUAUAAUUAUAUAUAUAUAAUCAUGAAUUGUUGUUUUUUUUUUAAUUGUCCGCACAUUUGAGUCUGUAUAUGCAAUUUUGUAUUUAUUUGUACUUAUACACUGUUCAGUCAAACCCUUUUUUACUAUAUGUCGUGCUUUUAUUCUCAAUUUUUACUUGAUACACUUGCAGAUCAACUUUUUUUUUUGUCACAUGUUUUUCAAGGGUUUUCAUUGAUGACCUCUUAUCGAUACAAAUUUUACAUCAAUGGUACAGUACUAAACAGAACAAAAACCAAUUAACCAUUUCAUGCAUCAAUAAUAUGAAUUGAAAAAAAAGUGUUACCAUGCAAUUUGUUGUCUUUAUUUUAACUUUUAUGUAUAAAGUGUACUCCUAAUUUGAUCUGGUUUUAGAUAAACGCUAAAUUAAAGCCAUUGCCUUUCUUUCCCUUUGCAGAAAAGGAUAAAACCAAAAGACUUUCAAAUCAUAAAAAAUGUUUCGAUAGAAAGGAUACCAAAGCAUAAUGGAAGAUAUAUUUUAUUAGUCUUAACAUUGCAUUGAGGAUUUGAACCACAAACCAAAGCCUGCCUGGUAGUAUUUGGGACCCACUUGUAAUUAAAAUCUCAAUAGAUUAUCAGGCAUUUUAAAUUUUCAGUCACUGAAUUAUUCACAAGACAUCACUAAAUAAUUUGGUAAAUGUGUAUGUUCCAAAUACCAAUGCAUUAAAAUAUGUAAUUUUUAGAAACUUUUAUAACGAAGAAUUCCAAGAAAACUAAAUGUUUGAUGCACAUUUUCAAACAAUAUUUUACCAAAUGGCUCACACGUUUGUGGUCCAGCCAAAUGUGGAAUUAUCUGCUGGUGAUUUUUGUUUUCACAAGUCAGUAAUUUUCAAUUAAUUUCACUUUAGAAAAACAAACCAAAAAACCCUUAACUACUAAUCUUGCCAUUUUUCAAAUUAACAAAAAGGUAUGCUGCUUCUGUGAUGCUUUACAUAUUGUAUUUAAUUUCUAUUAAAGAUCUGAUUUCUGUUUAUUAAAUGCCAGGCAAUAUACUGAGUAAAUUUACUUAAUUGGAUCUUCAGUUUGUAUUGUGAAAAGGACAGUUAUUUUUUUUGUCUGGCUCUCAGAACUCUUAUUCAUCUGUAGGUAUUUACUGUUGAUUUUAUACUGCACUGGGUGUCACCAGUAGCAAUGAAAUGAGCUCAAUUGUUUUUAGUUGUGAAAAAAAAAAAAAAAAAGACGUAAUUACAUUUUGGUACAUUUUAUAAUUUUGUAUUGCAAAUGGAAAAUAAAUAUUUUACCUCA